AUGGCUGGAACCGGAACAAAAAAUCGACGUUAUGAAACCGUUCCACAAAACACGUACGACAGCAACGGUAGUCCAAUUCCGAACCAGCUUUAUAAACGAAUUGAAUCAGACGGUUCUGUUGUCUAUGACUGUCAGGAUAUAUCUGGGGUGAUUCGCAAAAAUAAGGAAGAAUAUAGGCGACCGAACAAUCAUUUUAUCUAUGUAUGUGACAACGGAGUUGAAACUGUAAAAGCGUGCGUUGGCAGUCCUCGAAUCAACGGCACCAUUAUACCAGUUAACGAAAUCUUGACAGUAGAAGGCUUCUGGUACAACUGCACCUCGCAAGGCAAGGACGGCAAAGCCGUUUAUACUGAAGAAGAUGCUUGCAACAUCAACGGUAAACUGCAUCACAUUGGUGACGUCAUCAGCGCUGGUAUAACAACCUUCAGGUGUGACUCCACUAAUUAUAACAUGACCCUUUCUUCCGUUAUCAUGCAUUCAGAAGUUUCAUCAACCCCUUAA